AAGAUUGAGAUCAUGGCAGCUUAUGCAUCUUUAGUUUCUGUACUGAAUAUUAUGGAUCAGAUCCAAAACCAUCCUCGCCUUUCCAUUUGUCUUCACCAAGAACAAGCUCAAUCUCUCUGCGAGAAGAUUGAUUUCUUACUAGAUUUUGUUGAGAGUACUCAUUCACAUGGAGGUAGCAAAGAAGUUGAAGUUUUGGAGAGCCAAAUUGCACGCGCAGCCUAUGCGGCCGAAGAUAUAAUCGAAUCUCAUAUAGUCGACCAAUUAGCUGCCGGUUCGACUUCCUUCCUCGAUCUACAGAAAAUAAUAGCCGACAUGGAUUCUGUCAAUGUUAAUAAAGAGGAAAUCAAAGAUCUGAAGCCCACAUCAUAUCCAACUACUUCAUCACAACAACCUCUCACUAGCAAUACAGAAAAAUGCACCAUGGUUGGAUUUGAUAAGGAGUCAUUUCAACUUAAGGAUGCUCUCACAGGACAACAAUCACGGUUGCAAAUCAUCCCUAUUGUAGGAAUGGGCGGAAGUGGUAAGACUACACUCGUCAAAAAUGUUUACGAAAGUUCGCUUAUUUUCCAUCACUUUGAUAUCAUUGCUUGGGCUACAAUUUCUCAAAACUAUACUGUUAGAGAAAUCUUUUCACAGCUUUUUUCUUGCCAAAGCAAAUCGACUGGUGAUCAUUUGAAUAUUCCCGAGGCUGACGAACACCAAUUAACGCAUAAGUUUUAUCAAAACUUAAUAGGUAGGAGAUAUCUAAUCGUACUGGAUGAUAUGUGGAGUACCGAUGCUUGGGAUCGGAUAAAUUUUUUCUUUCCAGAUAAUACCAAUAAAAGUCGAAUUGUUGUAACCACUAGGUUAUCAAGUGUGGCUACUUAUUUUGGCUCCUCGUCGUACCUUUCAAUGAAAUUUCUAAAUGAGGAUAUAAGUUGGAACCUAUUUUGUAAGAAAACAUUCGCGCAGUUAGAAGGUUGUCCCCCUGAAUUAGAGGAAAUAGCAAAGAAGAUUGUAAGGAAAUGCAGAGGACUGCCACUCUCAAUUGUUGUCAUUGGAGGGCUUCUUAGGAAGUCGUACAAGACAAAAGAAUACUGGGAGGAUGUUGCAAGAGAAAAAAACUCAAUUUUAAAUUUAGGAGACGACCAACAAAGUUUCGACAUAUUAUCUUUGAGUUAUAGCCACUUACCUGCUCAUUUGAAACCGUGUUUUCUUUACACGGGGGUUUUUCCAGAGGACCAUAGAAUUCAUGUGACUCAACUAAUCAAACUCUGGGUUGCUGAGGGAUUUAUAAGACCAAAUAACAGUCAAAGCUUGGAGGAGAUUGGUGAGGAUUACUUAAAAGAUCUCACUGACAGGAAUUUGAUUUUAGUACAUAGGUAUAGGUCAACAAGAAAAAUUAAAAUUUGCCUCGUCCAUGAUCUCUUAAGAGACUUAUGCUUAAAGAAGGCACAAGAAGAGAAAUUUCUUCGUGUGAUGGGGGUUUCGGACAUUCCGCAAGGCAUAGAUGAAGAGCGUCGCAUUGUAUUUCACGAAAAAAUUCCAGAGGACAAGUAUGAUGAUCCGCGAGUUUUUUCUCAUGGCUUGGAGUCGGCAUCUCUUGCUCGUUCUUUGGUAAGCAACGGGGGUAGGAUGUCGUUUAAGUUUAGAUUGUUGAGAGUGCUAUUGAACGUGGUCGAUAGUAAAUCUAGAGACGAUAUUUUCGAACUAUUUAACUUGCGCUACGCUUGCAAAUCCUAUUCCUCCGAAUCUCAUACCACUAGCGUUGGGCUUCCUUCGUCGAUUUCUCUACUUUGGAAUGUUCAAACGUUGAUUAUUAGAGGCAACGUACGAUUUGUUGCGCCAUCUGAAAUUUGGUCUAUGCAACAACUUAGGCAUCUGGAUUUCGCAAAAAUAUCUUUUCGUGAUCCUCCUUUGAGUGACCAACAAGAUAAUCAUCAUGACUCGGUUUUGCGAAACCUGCAAACGCUAAAGGGAGCGGUGAAUUUGAGGUUGAGUGAGGAGGUGUGUGAGAGAAUCCCCAACGUCAAGAAAUUGAAGAUAAUGUAUUUCGGUAUUUCAAGAAGCUCCCGCGACUACUGUCUCUAUAAUCUUUGCCGCUUACAAAAGCUCGAAUCGCUAAAUUUUUGUGUCUACGAGCCGCAAAAAUCAAGCGACGAACAAACGGCGCUGCUGCGAAGUGAUUUGGUGCGGAACACGAUCGCAUUCCCAAGAUCGCUCGUGAAGUUGACUUUAGAAGGUUGUUUUCUUAAUUGGGAAGAUUUGACAAGGAUCGGUUUGCUGCCCCAUCUUCAAGUUCUCAAACUGAUAAAUGAUUCCGUCGUAGGAUCGGAGUGGAAUCCAGUUGAGGGAGAAUUCCUUAAACUGAAAUUUCUAAAAAUUGUAAACUGCAGUGAUUUGGUACAUUGGAAUGCAGACAGCUCCCACUUCCCAGUUCUGGAGAAUCUCUUUGUUAUAGGAUUGAAAAAGCUAGAUGAGAUCCCUUUAGCCAUUGGAGAUAUACCGACACUUAGGAAUAUUCUUUUGAACGGAUGCAGCGAGUCUGCAGUCUUUUCGGUAAUUAACAUAGGUGAGGAUCAACAGAGCCUUGGAAAUGAAAUCCUUACAAUUCGAAUAUUCAACAAGAAAAAGGAGCUAACGAGUGAAGAGUUGAAGGAAAAAUUCCAGGCCUUCACAGAUGAAGUGAGAGAGCGUCAUUUCCCUCAAUGAGUGAAGAAACAUGCAUGCUUCUUUCGUGUUGCUCGAGACCGGGUUGAGGCUGGGAGAUUGAGAUUGUAAAUUGUAAUAUUAUUAUGGAGAUUUUAAUUUUAUUCUGUAAAGAUGAUUGUGAAUUUGUUUACACUGGUUUUUGUAGUUUGUUAAUUUACAUGUAUUGAUCGAUCACUUACAGAUGUUUU